ACGCGAGAACCGACGGCGCACAAUUUCGACGAUAGUUUUUUUCCCCGGGGCUCGUGCCGACGUGUAAAUCUUCAUGAAGCUUUUUAUGCGAUCAGGAUUAACUGCGGAAAAGGCGAGAAAUCUACGGGCGACGGCGCAGGCGGAAGCGAAAGCUUCAGAAUUCGCCGCGAAGCAACAGGCGGAGAGAGAAUUGUUGGAACGUAAGAGGCAACGGGAGAAUAAAAUGGCAGAAUGGACGGAGCUGAUGGAGAAGCUGAAGGAAGAGGAGGAAGAAAGACUGUGCCUAAUGGGAAUGCCCCUGAGACACUACCUGGUGAAAUAUAUCUUCCCGACGUUGACGCAAGGCCUCAUCGAAGUUGCGAACCUGCGACCGGACGACCCCAUCGACUUUCUAGCCGAGUACUUAUUCAAGGAGAAUCCCGAGGGCAAGAUGUUCCAUCCCGAGCACACGAGGGUCAUGAAAUCGGUGCUGGACGCGAUCGAGAAGUUCCAAGACGAGCUGCUGCCUCGGGACGAGUUCGACGAGAGGGUGAAAGACUUUUUGAAGCAACAGGCCGACCAGUCGGACGACGAUAAAACGCCGGGCACCAGCGACACCGACGUCUGCGGCGGACGAACCGAGCCAUGUGUUACACCGUGCUUUCGGUACGACAGCAUAUCGAUGGAGGCCGAGGGCGAGUCUCGGUCCGAUCGACUCACCGAUCCCGAUUCGGACUACGUUAACUGCGGCCUCGCUGGAUCACCGUGUUUCGGCAAACAACCGACUAAUUAAUUAAUCCGCGCGUCGCCGGACUACGGUUAUAUUUGGCUGGUCGCGGAUACCCGGAGUUCCCACAAUCUGUUGAUGCGCGUUGGAUAGCGGCUCGAAGCGGCUUAAGACGACGGGACAUGCUCUACAGAGUUCCGUUCGGUUGCGGUUACAACUUAGGCGUUGUUCGAACGAUUAAAGGAUCUUCCGCUUGAAUAGUUCCGCUCCUGUGCUAGGUAAUUUCGGACGGAUCGUUAGACCGCGGAAUUUGCGCUCGUAUGGGAACCAUGCGCGGUUAAAAGCAUAAAUGUUUAGUUAUUUUUUGAAUGCACUGAUUAAUUGAUUGAAUACAUUGAUCGGAGAGGUUUCGAAUUUUUACUUCGCUGAGGGGACACAAGUUGUAGUCUCUUAGUUUUGACAAAAAUUUUGAAUAGUAGAAAGAUAAUGCGAACGUAAUAUAUUAUUUCCAAGUUAAUAUAUAAUAUA